CGCAGCUUCAAUAUUUCCGGAAUGGACGAAGAAAAGUACCCCGAGGUCCAGGGGGGCGGGUCGCUGAUAUUGGCAUGGCAGAUUAGGAACAAGAGAGUAUUGGUUGUAGGAGGCGGAGAGGUCGCCGCAGGACGCAUCUUGAAUGUUCUCAAUGCAGACGCCAAAGUGACUGUCGUAUGCCCUCGUGAAGGACUGAAUCCCGAAGUUGCAUAUAGGGUUAGGAAAGGGCAGGUUGACCACGUCGACCGGAAAUUCGAACCUUCAGACCUCGACGAUGUCGAUAUGGUCUUAACCGCGGUGGAUGAUCCCGAGGCCUCGACGCAGAUUUGGAAAUUGUGCAAGGAGAGGAAGAUUGCGGCAAACAUCGCGGAUGUGCCAUCAGAAUGCGAUUUUUAUUUCGGGAGUGUGCAUCGAGAUGGCCCGCUGCAAAUCAUGGUUAGCACGAACGGGAAGGGCCCGAGAUUUGCCAAUAUCGUGAGGAGAUCCAUUGCGGAGACAUUGCCAAAGAAUACGGGAGAGGCUAUCAUGAAGAUUGGGAAGUUAAGACAGAUGUUGAGGAAGGUUGCACCCGGUCCCGAGGAGGGCCCCAAGAGGAUGUCUUGGAUGGUCAGGGUUAGCGACGCCUAUAGCCUGGAAGACCUGUGUGAGAUGGAUGAGGAAGAUAUGGCUACUCUGUUGACGUAUUAUUCUUCGGACCAGGUUCCUCGAUUGGACUGCCUCAAAGCGACGAAAGGAGAAUUUGAUGGCUUUGAUGGGUCGUUUGGAUUCUUUGUAGGUUGGGGAUGAGGAUUUGAAUAUAAUAGAUUGUAUGGCGUCUGGGGCUGGGGGAUCAAAAUACGAGUCAUAAGGUUUUCUUGUAACAAUAUAAGCUUCAUCGCUUUGAUGUAUAUGCACUCUCCAUUAUAGGGCGCUCUCUGCAAUGGUUGUAUCAUAUUCAGCAUUUGAGACGGAUCAUCACUCGACGC